AUGGCGAGUCGAAUGUGUGUGACGAUCUUGUGUUUACUAAAUGUGUUCUUUGGAGUAGUGGAUGUUAGCACAGAACCCGUUUCAGACCCUCGUGUAUGUAUCAUCGGUGCUGGUUACUCAGGCCUGGGUGCAGCCCGACAUAUGCAAGACUAUGGUCUCAAUUUCACAGUGUUUGAGGCUACCCGCUAUAUCGGAGGCACCUGGAGGUUUGACCCUCGUGUAGGCACUGAUGAAGAUGGAUUGCCCUUGUUUACAAGCGCGUAUAAGAACAUGAGAACAAAUACAAUAACUCAGACAAUGGAAUACUCCGGAUUUCCGUUCCCAGAGGGCACAUCUUCAUACCUAACGGGGGACUGCGUCUACAAAUAUCUACUGUCUUUCACUAACCACUUCGAUUUGAUAGAAAACAUUCAGUUCCAAAGUCUGGUAACCAAGGUGCAGUGGGAAGACGACAUCUGGAAUGUCAUGUAUAUGAAGACUGAUACCAGAGAGAAUAUCACAGAGCAUUGUAACUUUGUUGUCGUAGCGACCGGGGAGUACAGCUCACCUAACGUACCUCACUUUGAAGGGCAAGAAGAGUUUAAAGGAAAAAUAAUACACAGCCACGACUACAAAGAUGCUGAAGAUUUUCGUAAUCUAACCGUACUUGUAGUGGGAGCUGGCCCAUCAGGGCUCGACGUGGCUAUACAACUGGUCAAUGUGACAUCUAAGUUAUUGCAUAGUCAUCAUUUUAUGUACAAGUUGCCGGAGAUCUAUGGGAAUUAUCUAAUGAAACCGGAUAUAAAACACUUCAACACAACAGGUGCUGUUUUUGUUGACGGCAGCACAGAAGAGUUCGACAUCGUCAUACUUUGUACAGGUUACACGUUCAGCUUUCCGUUCUUGAACUAUCAGUCAGCCGGAGUAUCCGCAACCAAGAAAUAUGUACUACCAUUGCACAAUCAAGUUGUGAAUAUUAAUCACCCUUCCAUGACCUUCGUAGGAGUUUCAAAAUAUGUUCCUGGCAUAGUGCGCGAUAUUCAGGGUCAGUAUUCAGCAGCGCUAGCAGCAGGUUAUAUUAAGUUGCCAUCUCAAGAGGAUAUGUUUCAACAAUGGUUCGAUCACGCGAAAGAUAAACCCCUCACCGAUGUAAAUGUUGUUGGAAAUACUAUUUAUGCAGAUUAUUUGGAAGGACUUCUCGAGAAUACUCCCAUUCCUCAGCCUCCUCGAAUACUAGCAACCCUCGUCGCAAACACUAGCAGAGACUGGUAUGAAGACUUACUGAAGUUCCGUGAUAACCAGUACACGUUGAUCAGUGAUAAUGAAUAUGAAAAAAUGUACAAGCCCACGGAGAAAAUAUGUCUCGUUGACUGA